AUGCUACAGGAACACAACAGACAUCACACCGAGAUGCUAAAGGAACACAGCAGAUAUCACACCGAGAUGCUAAAGGAACACAACAGAUAUCACACCGAGAUGCUAAAGGAACACAGCAGAUAUCACACCGAGAUGCUAAAGGAACACAACAGACAUCACACCGAGAUGCUACAGGAACACAACAGACAUCACACCGAGAUGCUAAAGGAACACAACAGAUAUCACACCGAGAUGCUAAAGGAACACACCAGAUAUCACACCGAGGUGCUAAAGGAACACACCAGAUAUCACACCGAGAUGCUAAAGGAACACAGCAGAUAUCACACCGAGAUGCUAAAGGAACACAACAGAUAUCACACCGAGAUGCUAAAGGAACACAACAGAUAUCACACCGAGAUGCUAAAGGAACACAACAGAUAUCACACCGAGAUGCUAAAGGAACACAACAGAUAUCACACCGAGAUGCUAAAGGAACACAACAGAUAUCACACCGAGAUGCUAAAGGAACACAGCAGAUAUCACACCGAGAUGCUAAAGGAACACAACAGAUAUCACACCGAGAUGCUAAAGGAACACAACAGAUAUCACACCGAGAUGCUAAAGGAACACAACAGAUAUCACACCGAGAUGCUAAAGGAACACAACAGAUAUCACACCGAGAUGCUAAAGGAACACAACAGAUAUCACACCGAGGUGCUAAAGGAACACAGCAGAUAUCACACCGAGAUGCUAAAGGAACACAGCAGAUAUCACACCGAGAUGCUAAAGGAACACACCAGAUAUCACACUGAGGUGCUAAAGGAACACACCAGAUAUCACACGAGGUGCUAA